GUGCACAGUACAUAAGUCGCACGCGAUCAGAAGAGAAGCCAAACCAGGAUGGUGCAGUUUAUCACAUCUCAAACAAAAGCAAAACCUUAUGAUUCAUGACCAAAAUCAUGAUCAAACAGACACACAUGUUUCAUGGUUGAUUAAUAAAAUAUUACUUCAUGACAAACUAAAACUGAAACUAAACUCAGUGUGCACAGACAGCAACAGAAUACCAAAGGAGAUUUAGCAAGUUGCUUCUCGUUCCUCAGAGAUUAGAGGAGGGGCAAGGAAAAGAGAUGUGUCGGGCGAGGCAGAAAUGAAGAGAAAUGAGGAACAGCCGCUUUGGAGAGGCAGAGGGGCAGAGAGAAGAAAAGGAGGUGGUGUGCAUGGAGCCCCAUGCGGCUGCAUCUCUGCUGUCAGCAUGCAGGAUCCCUGAAGUGUGCAAGGGUCUGGGCUGGCUACAGUCCGCUACGCGUGGAGGAGCUGCGGGCUGCCGGAGCGGUUCCGGACGGUGGAGGCAGUAAGAGCGCAAAGAACACCCGCGGCCACUGAGAGGCACGCAGCUGAUAUUUGGGACAUGUCGUGUGGGAGAAGAAAAAGAAAGCAAGCAGUCUACCACGCAGGGGAGUGAAGAGAAAAGGGAGGGGGGCGGCUAUGGAAAUACCGGAGGAUAGAUCGUUGUUGGAAAAUCAGACUGAACACGGGCCGGAGACGAGCCCGGGAAGCGUGCGUCCUGCAUGGGCAGUCACGGCGCUGGCCAGCGUGCUGAUCUUCACCACCGUGGUGGACGUGUUGGGGAACCUGCUGGUCAUAAUCUCUGUGGCGAGAAACCGUAAACUCCGAAAUGUGGGAAAUGCCUUUGUGGUGAGCCUCUCCUUCGCCGACUUGAUGGUAGCAUUCUACCCCUAUCCUCUGGUGUUAUAUGCCAUCGUCCAUGAUGGCUGGUAUUUGGGAGAGACCCAGUGCAAGAUAAGUGGCUUCCUGAUGGGUUUGAGCGUCAUUGGCUCCAUCUUCAACAUCACAGGCAUCGCCGUCAACCGCUACUGUUACAUCUGCCACAACUUCAGCUAUGACAAGUUGUACAGCAACCGGAACACACUGCUGCUUGUAGCACUCAUCUGGUUCUUAACACUUAUGGCCAUUGUGCCAAAUCUGUUUUUUGGCUCCCUGCAGUAUGACCCACGUGUCUACUCAUGCACAUUUGCACAGACUGUCAGCACAUCCUAUACCAUCACAGUAGUGGUCAUCCAUUUCUUUGUGCCUAUUUCCGUGGUCACUUUCUGCUACAUGCGGAUAUGGAUCUUGGUCAUUCAGGUAAGGCGCAAGGCGAAAUCUGAGGUACGUCCUCGCAUCAAGCCCAGCGACUUGAGGAACUUCAUCACCAUGUUUGUCGUCUUUGUGCUCUUUGCGAUUUGUUGGGCACCGCUCAACUUCAUUGGGCUUGCUGUGGCCAUUAACCCGGAAGAAGUCGCACCUCGCGUCCCGGAGUGGCUCUUUGUAGUCAGCUAUUUUAUGGCUUACUUUAACAGUUGCCUUAAUGCCAUCAUCUAUGGCCUACUGAACCAGAACUUCCGCAGAGAGUACAAACGUAUUGUCAUGUCUGUGUGGUGGCCACACCUGUUCUUCCAAGAAACAUCAAGAGGAGGGACUGAGGGCUUCAGGAGCAAACCAUCACCAGGACUCAAUAACAAUGACCAAGUAAAAGGAGAAACUCUGUGACACAGUUUGUCUCUACUGUGCCCAAAGCCUCAACAAGCACUUGAAACAAAAUGGCAGAGUGAGCGACAGUAAAACAAAAGAGUAAAAAAAGAAAAAAGACACAAGGUCCAAAAUUAUGAGUGCUUUUCUUAACACUUAAAGCUCAUCAAUGUAACUUUUUACUGAUUUCAUGGGGCCUGUUUGAAAAUGAAAAGACCGCAUGGACACAUUUUUGAAAUGCCAGAAACAAAAAAUAUUGCAAAUGCUGGUCUAUUUAACAAUGCAAUGUGGAAUUUCUGAAUGAAGCCGGGGCUGACUUAGGCUAUGUUCAUACUGCAGGGCGUGAUGCCCAAUUCAGAAUUUUAAAAUGAAAUCCGAUUUGUUUAUGUUCUCGUUCAUAUCACAGAAACAAAUAUGACCUCUGAUGUGAACGGAAAGUGUCAGUGAUGUUGCACCAAACGUGGCAUGGUGUUUUCGGAAGUAAAUAUUGUCCCACAUGUAGCGGCUCAUUUUGCUGUCUCAUAUCGACUGAAGGGUUGUUCACAAGAUUUGCUCCGGUGCUGCGCCAGCGCUGCCCCAGUUGAGCGUUCACAUGUGCAAAGUUACACCGCGGUACCCCCAGAAAACAGCUUACUCCGGAGCAAAUUUAACCCACCUCAGGGAUGUGGUUUAAAUAUUUGCUCCGGAGCAAAUUUAACCCACCUCAGGGAUGUGAUUUAAAUAUUUGCUCCGGAACAAAUGCUCGUUUGCGGGGCAGCACCGAUGUAAAAUGCACGUGUGAACUCUACAUUUUGCUCCGGAGCAAAUGGGCGUUUGCGGCGGGGAGUAGCCUCGCUACGCAUGAGAAGAGUUGAUUACAUACGGCGAGAAUGCGUUGCUUUCGUGCUCUGUUGUACUUCCGUCAUGUGUUUGUUUAAUAACGACACAAGACAUGGCUGGUAACAGCAGCAAGCGGCACCUCUUGGGUUAUACCAUCUCAAUUAGAACGGGGGUCGGGGGGUAUAGUCCCCAAACGUCAUCUUUACUUGGCUGUCUCGGAGUUGUUUGUGUAGUUUGUUCCUUUGUUGUGUGUUCACAA